AUGGAAGUUGAGGGGGAUAAGGCUUUAGGUAAGAGGGUGAGAAUGUGUGAUAAUGCUAUGACCACAUGGAAGAUUGUAUUGGUGACUUCAAUGAAAUCCUUCAUCUUUCAGAGAAGAGUGGUGGGGGAUGAUUGUGCGAAGUGGCAAAUGAACAAUUUUAGAAAUGCAAUUAAUUCAUGUGCUUUGCAAAAUGUCCCUUUUACAGGUUAUGAAUUCACUUAUGAUGAUGGGAGGGAGGGGAUUCAUAAUACUCGGUGCCGGCUUGAUCGAGCUCUUGCUACGGAUGCUUGGUUGAUGAAGUUCCCAGAUUCUUUGUUGAUUCAUCUUGAUUGCGAAUGGUCAGACCAUGCUCCCAUUAAGCUUGUUUUAGAGUUGCAAAAUACUAUGAAAUUGGGUGAGAAACCAUUUAAGUUCGAGCAUAUUUUGCAGACCGAUUAUGGUUGUGAAGGCGUGGUUCAGAAUGCGUGGGAGGGGGGUUGGUCUCUUGAAUCACAACUUGCACUUUGUACUGCUGAUCGUAAGACCUGGAGCGAAACUUUGCAGGCGGUGUAUACAGUGGAGGAGGUGAAGUUUGCCUUGAGCCAGAUGCAUCCUGCUAAGGUGUCGGGACCGUAUGGUAUGUGCCCUUUAUUUUUUCAGUUAUAUGUUGGCCCUUUAAUGUCUAAUUGUGUGUUGUCUAUUCUGCGUGGUGCCCCGAUUCCUCAGUUUAUUAAUCGUACUUAUAUCGCCCUUAUUCCGAAAAAAAAGGAUGUUGAUCAAAUGGUGGAUUUUAGGCCAAUUUCCUUGUGUAAUGUGAUAUACAAGCUAGUUUUGAAAGUGCUAGCUAAUCGGCUUAAAUAUUUUCUCGACGAGAUUAUUUCUAUUAAUCAGAGUGCGUUUACUCCUGGUCAAUUGAUUUCUAAUAACAUCUUUGUUGCUUUUGUGCUUUUCCAUUAUAUGAAGAAUUUGCCGAAUAAGGGAGGGUGUAUUGCGAUGAAGUUGGAUAUGUCUAAGGCAUUUGACAAAAUAGAGUGGGAUUUUCUUGAGGCUGUCUUGAGACGUUUUGGUUUUGAUCAGAAUUGGUGUGAUCGUGUUAUGGACUGUGUUCGAUCGGUUUCUUUUUCUGUGCUUGUCAAUGGUCGACCGACGGAUGAUUUUUCCCCGGGUCGGGGGAUUAGGCAAGGGGAUCCGAUUUCUCCGUAUUUGUUUAUUUUGUGUGUUGAGGUUUUUACUUAUCUGUUGAGGGAUGCACAGGAAAGGGGUAGCUUACAUGGUGUCCGCAUUGCUCCGACGGCUCCGUCUAUUUCUCAUUUGUUGUUUGCUAAUGGGGUUCCGGUCUCUAAAUGUAUUGAGUUAGCUAGUAUGCUCGGAGUUUGUAUUGUGGAUAUUCAUGACCGUUAUCUUGGGCUUCCUACGGUGGUGGGAAGGUCUAAGAAAGUGAUUACAAGAUGUGUUAAGGAGAAACUUUGGAAGAAGCUACAAGGGUGGAAAGGGAUGCAAGGGGAUAGGAAGAUUCAUUGGCUUGCGUGGAAAAAGCUUUGUCGUCCUAAGAAUGAGGGAGGUUUGGGUUUUCGUGACUUUAAGUUGUUCAAUUGGGGAUUGUUGGGUAAGCAGGCUUGGAUGUUAAUGUUGCAACCGGGUACCUUAGUGGAGCAAAUUUUGAAGUGCCGUUAUUAUCCUAACUCUACUUUUAUGGAAGCAGACAUUGGAGUCAAUCCUAGCUAUACUUGGAGGGGAAUUGCGGAAGCUAGAUGCGUGGUUCGUAGAGGUAUGAAAUGGAGAGUGGGGAAUGGUGAGUCUAUUCGUGUUUGGACUGAUCCAUGGGUGCCUAAUACCCAGUCGCACAUGGUCAUUUCUCCUCGUGGUGAAGCUCUUGUAGAUAUGAAGGUGUGUGAUUUUAUACAGUCAAGUCCUUCUACCGUUUGCUGGAAUGUAGAAAAGCUUCGCCAAGUCUACCUACCUUUCGAAUGUGACAAAAUUCUUAGAAUUCCUCUUAGCAUUAGACUCCUCGAGGAUAGUUUGUGCUGGGAUCUAGAAAAGAAUGGCGUGUAUUCAAAACUUCAAGUCCUGCCCUGCAUCAAAAGUUUUGCCUGGAGAGCUCUGCAAAACGCUUUUCUAACUCGACACAACAUACAUUAUCGUGUUAAGGAGCAGGAUUCGGAUUGCAGCAUCUGUCUAAGGGAUUAUGAGACCACUGUUCACGCUCUCAGGGACUGUAAGUUCGCAAAAAAUGUCUGGGCUAGGAGCAACUUUGCAAUUGUUGCUGAGUCUCGAACCCAUUGUAUUAUCGAUUGGUGGGAAGGGUGUCUUGCUAAGUUUGAUGAGGUAGAAGCAGCUGCUAUUCUUACCCUUUGUUGGGCGAUUUAG